AUUUGAGUAGAGUUGUAAAAAGACUGUUGUGACCAGUUGUGACAUAAGACGGUUUUUAAAGUUUCGCUUGCCAUAUUAAUAAUUCAUUUGAUAACUUCUUAAAAGGUCACAAAUGGCAACCCAAACAUGUGUUGUCAAAAAGUGUCAGACGGAGUCCUAAUGGAAAGUGUUGUUUCACUGAUUUCAAGCUUAUAAUUUAGCUCAAAUUUACUUAUUUGUUUAUCAAUUGUUUACUUGGAAUAGCAUUUAUGUUGUUUACACAUGUUUCUUAAGAAAAGAACGCCCUACUAAUGUAGGAAGAAGCGUGAAUUAACAAACAAUCGAUGUCUAUAAAGUCCAUAUUCGCGUGUAAUAUAUCAUUCAAAAUGGCAGUGGUAUUAACAAUUUGCAGAUGUGAAAAGUGAUUUCGUGAGUUAUAAACAGUGUCGGUGUCGGUGGAUGGUGAAUUAAACGCGGAAAUGUGGACAUAAAGUGUAAAAUGGGUUCCCAAACACUAGAGAUAUUACGCCAGGGUGUUUGGGCAUCGUUAACAGGGGGAUGGUUUUAUGAUCCUCAUCAGAAUUUGUUUUGCAACACGGUGCACCUGUAUGUGUGGUUGUUCCUGCUAUGUUUGCCGUUUUCUAUAUACCUGUACUUUCCGCCGGCGAGUCUUGGUUGGAUAAUAUACUGCGCGCUAGUAGCCCUGCUGUUCGCCGGCUUGAAGCUGCUGAACCACGGCCUGCACCACAUGUACGAUACCACUGAGUGCAUCAUCGUGCAGCCGCCGACCGACCCUCACGCCACUGACAACGCUGCGCCUGACGAGGGCAUGGAAAUGCAGAUGCUGAAGUUGGGCGGCAUGGCGGCGGCCGGCAGUGAUAACGAGUCUGUUACUUCCUUGGAGUACCACAAACCCAACAACAGUACCAUAGAUUUAAAGGUUGAUGUCCAUCGAAAAAACAGCUCCGAAUCAAGCAUAGAAGACAGCGCUAUAUCUGCUAAACAGACAGAAGUUGUAGCAACCACCAAGUCCGACCUCUGCGUGGCUCAGGCCGCGGAGAUGCCUGGCCCAUCAAAACCCCGUCCAGCCAACCGAAGCCGAUCAAGAUCCGGCCACAGGAGGGAAAGAGACCACAGGAACGCUAAACGCCGAUCACAAGCUAACCGAAUCGACGAACUUAUUGUUGAAGCUGCCCGAAACUCUAGAUUGGAUAGUUUGCCCGUUCAUGUGCUAGUCGACGAAGGCCCUUUUGCCAAAGUCAGUAGGCGGUACCACGAGUGCCCACAUCGACGCGGUUCGAGUAACAAAGACUUCUUCAAAGAGUGGCUGUAUUUAGACGGCAACGAAGCGGCGGGAGAACCUUACCAGUCCAAGUUCGCUCGCCAGCUCAGUUCCGAUUCCAGAGAUAAUUCUGAGCCCAGUGUCGGUCCUCCAUCCCCUAAGAAGCGAACAGCACAUCGCCGGAGGUACUCAAACUAUCCCGAUGAAAGCUGCACUAAGUCUGCCAUGGCUUUAGCGACGGCCCAGUCUUCCAAUAUGCGAAGGAAUUCCAAUUCCACCAUGUCUACAAUUCAACUACCGCUGCUGAAUUCUACCGCGCAACUCGUAUCACAUAUGAGGCGACAUUCUAAUAAUGCUGACACUGGUUUCUUUGCAAGUGUUGAGCUUGGAGAAUACAUGAUGGUUAAAGCCGAAGCUCCGGUUGGCGAGACAGAGAAGAGCAAAAGAAAAAGUUCCGGCUUUAGAAGAAUAAAGAGUGCUGCGCUAGAAAUAGGAUGCCCACCCCCUAGUGUCUCGAAUUUAUCACCCCAUCCAAACAGUGCUGAAACGAUAGGUGGUCAGAUGUUGAAGAAUCCUAAAAGUGCUGUGAUUCCACCACCUAGUAAAAGUUUAACUCGUGGCCCACAUUUAAACCUUUACCCGAAGAACGAUGCUGGAGAAGGAUGUAGCUAUCCUUAUCUAACAUACGGCUCAGAAAUUGUGUACCCAAUAGCCGAAAUAUCUGAUGAAAUGCAGACAUCCCAAAAAGAAACAGAUCUCGAUUCCAGUGGGGAGAGUUACAGUGAUUAUGAUGAUGAGAAACAGUUUAGAGGCUUCGAUUGGGAUGCUGAGCAGUCGCCUGCAAUGCGCUCGAGUGACUCCGAGUUCGAGAACAACGGCUCCCGGUCACCGCUACUCGACAGACCGUCAGACGUUCGUGUAGUGCGCAGCAAAACACACGCAGACGGCAAGAAACAUUGCUGUGAUAGACAUUCAAACAAACAUAACCCAGAUUGCCCCAAUGACAAAAGCAAACCUAUAAGACUGAAAAAAACACAGCCCAAGCCAGAGCCACAGUGUGAACCCAAACGCCCCGAGAGAAUCCCCUGCUGUGAGUGCAAGACCAACCACUUUAUUGGUGACUUUUUCGACAAAGCUAGUGCGAGCUCCAAAGACUUGUUAAUAGAAAAAUCAAGCUUAGAAUCUAACGAAACUCAAGACCAGUCAGAUAAAAAGGUAGAGGAAAAGAAACUUGUUGAAAAGAAACUCUGGGACCACGAUAUAUUUAACUCUAGCAGUAGUAGUGAAAUAAAUAUAAAUGGGUCGCCGGCAGGAGGUAUAGUCGAAAGGAGCGCAGCCCCUGAGACGGAGGAGUCGCAACUGACUUGCGACAGCAAGAGUGCUGACGAGAGGAGCGUGUACAGCCUCGACUGGCUUUUCGAAGAGUCUGAGGAACCAAAAGCUGGUUGCUGUAAGGAAGCUGGAGCGUGCGCGCUUCCAGAAGAAGUCAUAUGUCAAAAACUAGUCAAUGCACUUGGCGAAUCAUCAUCUAACGUUCCAAAAAACUUGGGCGCUAUACCAAAGCAGAUAAAAAACUUAGCGCGUUCGCGAGCUUCCUCCCAGAAGGAGAACAAGAAGAGAGAUUCUAAAAAGGAAAAAGAUGAGAAUCAAAAUGAAGAAGUCAUUCUCUUCGACGCGGUGGAAGCUCAGGCUGCUUUGGUACAAGGGUUGGAAUGCUUGUUUGCGGCGACGAACGCCAACACGGUGGUUAUGCCCCCGCCCAACAGGGACGAGAGGUCGCGGAGCCACAGGCAGAGCAUUCGUGGUGAGAGAGAGAAUUCGCACAAAACCAGGAAACGGUCCAUAGAAGAAGUAGCACAAACAUCGACCAACACCCUUCUCCCAACAUCAAUGCCUUUGUUGGCGGCAUUCCUCAAUUCUAGGGUUGAUUUUGGACCUUGCUGCGUACCCGCGUACGUAGCGAACAAUGAGGCUGCUGCCCCUCAAAACGUGCAAGCACCUGAAGAGGGACAGAGGCUCAGGCCCCUGAUGGAUAGAAACCACAGAAAUCGCGUCAGAAAAAUAAAACGUUCGACGCGCCAGAGAAAUAAUCCCUCCUUGCAAAAUAACCCAGAUAAGAAGGAUAAGCCCCCUGCUCUUGACAACCCAAAUAAUUCCAACAAUGUUCACUUUGCGACGUCAUUCGACGACACGACUGAUGGCGCCAUACACUGCUUUAUGGACGAAUACGGCAACUGGAUGUCGUAUACAUUCGACAAGAACAGUUCAGGCCGGGCGCAGGCGCAGCCGAUCCCCUUGCCAGAGAAGGAAGAUGGAAUGCGUAUCAACAGGGUCAAACCCAUUGACAACCCUGAACACUCACAAGAAACAGCUGGCGAAGGCAGCUGUGGCUCUCUAGAAUCCGAGGCUGGGAACAGCGAAAGUAUAGCGAAGACGAAGCGUGGAGACAGCAUUGACCAAAGUUCUUCUAACCAGGGAAGUAACAACCCACUGUUGUCGAGCAACAACAAUGUCUCGACUGUUGUUCCUAUUAACACUAAUAAUACUAAUAAACGUUUCUACGUGUUUGACGGAGGGACCGGCACCCACACCGAUCAACCCAGAUCGCCCGUGGCUUACGUCACCGAUAGCUUACUAGAACAAAUAGAGGCCGAAAGACAGUCGCGUAUGGGACUGCCGAGCAUGCACAUAAACUUUCUUAUGAACCAACAGCGGGCGCAGCAACUAGCCCAGCAGCAGCAACAGCAGCAUCAACCACAGCAACAACAGCAUCCACAGCAUCAGCAACAUCAGCAACAUCAACAACAUCAACAACAUCAACAACAUCAACAACAUCAGCAACAACAACAACAUCAACAGCAACAACAGCUGCAGCAACACACAAUGAACAACACGUCCGAGAACACUUACGCUAACAUACCAAGUCUAAUGCCCUCUAUAGGUGAAGAAAGCGUAGAAAUUAAUCUUAGGAGUAAAUUCUCAAAACUUUUGGAUGAUAUGGAGAAGGCAAAUCAGCCGAAACCAAAGAGUUACUACAAAUUCAAACUGUCAAAAUGUUUUGAAUUAAAGGUGUCUAUGGAUAGAUUACAACUGAUGGCUUUGUUUGACAGGAAUCUUACGUUCAGGGAGACUUUUGUCACCAUAUUUUUGGCUGUGAUGGUAGCCAUUUUGGGCUCCAUGGUUUUAAACCUGGGUUUUUACAGGGACAUAUAUGCGUUUUGGUUUUGCUUCAUAAUGGCAGGAAGUCAGUACUCUUUACUAAAAAGUGUUCAACCGGAUUCAGCGUCGCCAGUUCAUGGUUUUAACAAGAUGGUCGUGUUUUCUCGACCGGUUUACUUUUGUAUAUGCACAGCAUUAUUGUGCGGGGUGCAUAGCUACUUAGAACAGACUGCCCCAUUGACAGACGAACUACAUACACGGAGGAAACGAAGUAUGGACGUGAUCAAACCGAUUACGAUAUACGGAUUUGAGAUGAACGAACGAGAUUUUUUGGGUAUAAUUCAAGAAAUUCUUUCAAAGUUCUUACUGUUUUUUCCUUUGGCGUUCAGUUUGGGGCUGUUCCCUCAGGUCAACACGUUUCUCAUGUACUUGCUGGAACAGAUCGAUAUGCACGUGUUUGGCGGUAACGCUACGAGCAGCCUGAGCGCCGCCGUGUACUGCGUAGUGCGAUCCGUAGCAGCUAUAGGCGUGCUCUACGGGUUCGCCUACAGCGGACUAGUGGAAGGCAAGAAAUCUCAGCACCAGAAACACAACAUACUAUUCUCCAUAUUCUGUGGGCUACUCGUCCCUAUAGCUUACCACCUGAGUCGUAGCGCAAGCGACUACACGUUAAUCUGGAACCUAAUCAAAAAACAUUUACUUCCACCUGAGUUGUACGUCAUACACAACCCUGAAUGUUCUCCAGAACUGGAGAAAGGUGACCCAAACACUUUGACUGACGAUAAAAAGAAUAAUUCAGAAAGUAAUAUAUCGAAACAGAACUCGAUUGGGAGCUCAGCGUCAAAAAUAAACUUUAGUUCGGAGACCAACAUCGCCAAGCAGAAACGUUCGCAAACUUCGAGCGUGAGUUCCUUGAAGAUGGACCCUAGAGGGGGGGAUACGAUGAACUCGACAACGUCGUUAAAACUCGAUCCACCUACCGAGGAUGAUAAAACACAAGAUACCAAUGCUAGUACUAACGUCAAGCAAGAUGCGGACAAACCUGAUGAGGACAUGGAAGAUCCCUUGCCCAAGAAGCUGCAGGCGACGGUGAAUGCGCGACUGAAGAAUGACGUCAUAGUGUGCACGUUCCUCGGGCUGUUCGUGUUUGGAUUACAUUGUACGACGGUGUUCACUACGCUGAGACCGCAGUUAAAUACGGUGCUAUGGAUAAUCGCGGGCAUCCUGGGCUGGGUGCUACACUACCUGACCCCCCAGCUUCGCAAGCAACAGCCGUGGCUGUGUCUCGCGGGACCCGUGCUCAAGCAACACGAACACGCGCAGUUCGAGGUCACGGAGCCGGCGAGGUUAAUGUGCUUUGAGAAGAUGUUCGUGUACCUGUGCUUCCUGGAGCGCAACGUGUUGUACCCGGCGGUGGUGAUCGCGGCCACGACGCAGGACGCGCCCGCCAUCGCCGCCAAGUACGGGGACGCCGUCGGCGCGCUCAUCAUAUGCGUCUGCGCGCUCAAAUGUCUAAGAAACGCCUACUCUGAACCGGACUCGCAGUACCUAAUCCUAGUAUUCGCUGUACUACUGUUCCAACGGGACCUGAGCAGUCAGAAGAUAUCGGAGACGUUUCUAGUGGACUACUUUAUGACGGCCAUCAUAUUUAGCAAGGUGUACGAGUUCUUGCUCAAGAUCCAGUUCGUGGUGACGUACAUAGCGCCGUGGCAGAUCACGUGGGGCAGCGCCUUCCACGCCUUCGCGCAGCCCUUCUCCGUGCCGCACUCCGCCAUGCUGUUCCUGCAGGCCGCCGUGUCCGCGCUGCUGUCCUCACCGCUCACGCCGGCUCUAGGUAGUGCCAUAUUUAUGACGUCAUACGUCCGUCCAGUCAAGUUCUGGGAGCGAGACUACAACACGAAGCGCGUCGACCAGAGCAACACCAGACUGUCAUCGCAACUUGAGAGAAAUCUUGGCGCUGAUGACAACAACUUAAACUCGAUCUUCUACGAGCAUCUGACUCGUUCUCUACAACACUACCUAUGUGGAGACCUCAUGUUAGGCCGAUGGGGUCAAGUACAACAAGGCGACUGUUUUGUCUUAGCAUCGGACUACCUGAACUGUCUCGUGCACAUCGUAGAGAUGGGCAAUGGUCUAGUGUCGUUCCAGCUGCGAGGUCUUGAGUUCAGAGGGACGUAUUGCCAGCAGCGAGAGGUGGAAGCCAUAUCGGAAGGGCCUGAGGAAAGUAGCGAGGGCGUGUGCACGGGCGUGUGGUGGUGCGGCGGGCGCGCGCUGUCGCCGGGCGCGGCCUGGGCGCUGCGCUGGCUGGCGUGGCAGCUCGUCAGCGCGCGCUACGUGCUGGAGGGCUACUCCGUGUCCGACAACAGCGCCGUCACCAUGCUGCAGGUCUUCGACUUCAGGAAGGUGCUGCUCACCUACUACGUCAAGAGUAUGAUCUACUACACAAUCCAGUCUGCUAAGCUGGAAGAGUGGCUAGCGUCAACGACAAUAGCGGAAGCUUUGAAACCUAUGAACGAAAGAAACUUCGUGGAUUUAGAUCCUAUAUUCAACGUCAAUCUUGAUGAAGACUAUGAUUUCCGAGCUUCGGGGAUUACCAGGAGUCGUUUCUGCGCGGUGUACGGCGAGUGGAUCGCGCACUGCGGGGCGCGGCGCGGCGCGAGCUGGCGGCGGCGCGCUGCGCAGGCGCAGUCCCCGCUCACCACGCUGUGCUUCGCGCUCAGCCUGCUCGGCCGCCGCGCGCUCGCCGCCGCGCAGCAUCUGUCCGCGUCCAGUGAGAACAUUCGCAUGAAACUCCUGAAUUCAUAUUACCUUUAUGAAUGGUACGUGCAGGACCACUUCAUGUUCCCCGAGGAGUACUGCAGCAGCUCGGCCCUGUACUGCGCCAUCGCGUCGCACGCGCAGCGCCUCGUCAUCUGCCACGAGGCGGCGCCCGCCUGGCGCUACAACGUGCUGCGCGGGGCCCCGCAUCUGCUGGCGCUCAGACACGUAAUGGACGAAGGCAACGACGACUACAAGAUAAUAAUGCUGAACAAGCGUCACCUGGGUUUCCGCGUCAUCAAGCUGAACCGCGAGUGCGUGCGCGGGCUGUGGGCCGGCCAGCAGCAGGAGCUCGUCUACCUGCGGAACCGGAACCCCGAGAGGGGCUCCAUACAGAACGCCAAGCAGGCACUCCGCAACAUAAUCAACUCGUCCUGCGACCAGCCGAUAGGCUACCCGAUCUACGUGUCUCCCCUCACCACGUCAUACGCCGACACUUCACCACAGUUAUGCUCACUGCUGGGCGGCCCGCUCACCGUGUCCGCGAUAAGGGCGCGUCUGUCAGCUGCUUGGCGACGCAUCCGUCGCCGCUGCGGCGAGGGCUGCAGCAGCGGCGGCGGCGCGGCGGGCGAGGCGGGCGCGGCCGAGGCGGGCGCCGCCAGGAACUGCACGCCCCGCCACAACGCGCUGCAUCUGUCCAGGACCUCGCUGGCGGGCACACGCGGCAGUCUGGCGAGCGCAGGCAAGCCGACGUCUUCCACACUAGCGUCACUAGCCGGGCUGCUGCGAGAACAUUCUCAUGAACGGACCACGCACGACGAAACUGCGGCGGCGGCAGCAGGCGGCGGGGCGCUGAUGGAGGGCGGCGCCUCGGUCCGGGCCGCGCGGGAGCGGGCCGCGCCCGCCGCGCCCGCGCGCAGGGAGCGGCACGCCAGGGGCAGGACGCCCGCCAAGGAGCCCGCCAGACAGGGCGGCAGUCGCAGCCGCAUGCGUCGCGCGGCCCCCGCGUCGUUCCGUCUGCUGGCGGCCGACAGCGUGCGCCUCGAGCCGCCCUCCUGCUCCUCACACCCUAAUGACGACACGCAGAGUGCAGCCGGCAGUGCGUGGGAGUGUGCGUGGCGUGAACAGCCUCGGAGAGCUGUGAGUGCUAAGGUGUCAAGCAGCCGCUGUGGCGCCAGCGGUGCGUCGGCGGAGUCUUCCCUCGAGGAGUUGUCGCUGGCGCCGAGCGGGCUGGACCUGUCGCUGCCCGACUGCAAGAUCAUCGCCAACAGGAACGCCAGGCAAGACAGAGACUUCAAAAGGUACUAUGUCAACGAAAUAACACCAAAAGACCUGUCGAAACUCAGUAAAGAAAUACGACACGAGCGAGAAAGCUAUCGCGAACUCACCGGCCGGUACAUAGAGAAACCUGAAGCUAUACCACUCAAGGAAACACACUACUCCGACCUCUCAAACAAAGAAUCAAUACUCAAGAAAGAACCGAAAACCGACUCUAAAAACAAAGAAAUAAAGACGAAAAUCAAACGCUCAGACUCGGGUAGGAGCGAGUUGAAGGUGAACGUCAGUGUUGGGAGUAAAGUUUUGAUAAUAGAGCCCUUGGGGGUGUAUGACUGUAUCAACUUGGGGAGGAGGAUCGAUGUGCAGUGGCCUUCGGAGUUCGAGAGGGAGAGGGGUGGGAGGAACUACUGGGGCAGCUGGGUGCCGCUGGCCGGGAUGGAUGGACUGGUGGUGCACAAAUGGACCCCCAACCACAGGGACCCGAAGCUCCGCUCUCACGUCGACAAGAGCAUCCUCCUCAUACAAAUCGACGACAAGUUCGUGCCCAUCGCUGAAAACUGCGUCCAAGACCUCGGCGACGAAGUAUAGACCCUGUGCGUAUCGUUAUAACGUUCAAAAUACAACACACUAUAUCACCAAACUUAGAAUUAUAUGAGAAAAGACUCUAAAAUCAAGUCUGAACCUUACUGCUGUUUAAUUAAGUUGAUAAUCGCGCGCAAUCAGUGAAACAUGAUUAUUAGCUACGUAACCGCAGUAAGAUACUCAGUAUAAAGCAAAGUGAAUUUUAUGUCUAUUAAAUAAAGUUGAAUUUAAUAAAACGCGCGCAAGUCCUUGACGAAUAAUUUAAGUGUAUGCUCGAGAAUAUCAUGCAUGAUCUCGGUACUUGAUAAUGAACCUUAUUUGCAUGGAAAUAACGUUGGUUAUGUAAUACUGCUGUAAGGGUUAUUUUAACGCAACUAAUACAAUUCCUGUGUUCAGUUGUGUAGAUAAUGGUCUUCU